AAUCUAUGUGAAAUUUAAUUACCGUAGUGAAACUUGCAAACUUAGUAUUCAGUGUUUGCUUUGCAGACAUGAAGACUUUUUGGCAGCACUUGUACAUUUGUAUUUUCGUCACAAGAACUUUCGUACACAGUUUCACACAACAGUGCAAGUCAGUUCCGUUUCACAGAGAAAUUGGUUUUGCUUUGGAUGGUCACGUGAUUGAAACAAGUUCGUUGUAUCCAGAUGACUGUUUGUGGCAUUGUAGAACUACAGUGAAUUGUUUCUCUGUCAAUGUGAGAAAGAUAAAACCAGGUUCAUACUUGUGUGAAUCGAAUAAUUCCACCAAAGAUGUCGAGCCUAGAAAAUUGAUUAAAAAGCCUGGGUAUGAAUACAGAGGGUUUACGCUGGAAAUCUACCAUUCAGGAAGUGAUUCAUAUUUUAGAAGAGCUAUUUAUCCAGAUGGAUGGUACCGUCAAGAAAAUAAUCUCUACAAGUAUUUUCCUGUGAAGAGAACUUGGCAGAGGGCAAAAGAAUUUUGCGUUUCCAUCGAUGCUGAGUUAGCUUACAUCCCAAAUCAAGAAAUAAACGAGUUUGUUUAUAGAAACCUGUUGCAACAUGUAAAAACAAAAGUUGGGUGUGUCACAACAGAUGACUUGAUUGGCUGCUGGCUUCUUGACAGCUCUGACACUGACGUGAUACCGAAAGGUGGAGCAUCUUAUCAAUACGAAGACGGAGUCAGAGCGUUGUACAUGGACGGCAAUGGAGCGUACGCUGACACGCCAGCCGUCAGUCUUCCAUUUCCCGCAUUUACGAUCACGUGCUGGGUGAAGGUCUUAGAGCCCGCCAAAACACCAGGCUACAUCUACGCUGACUGGUCAGCACCGCAUCAGUUUUCCAUUUGGGUUCACGGUGAUUGGAAGGUCAUCUAUUUCCAGUUUAGAAACAAGAACGGAAAAAGCGUAUUGGCCAUGUAUACAGCAAUCUCUUACAACGUCUGGGUACACGUGGCUGUCACGUGGUCUCAAGUCAGCCGUAUUGCUAAGAUAUUCAUCGAUGGGGUAGAGUCUGCGAGCAAGGCAGCUAACGCAGGUUUAUCGAGCUAUGAAAUUAUGAGCAAUUCUCACACGUACUAUCAAGUUGGAAUGAAAAAGGACUCUUCAGAAACAUUCUAUGGCUUUGUGAGAGACCUCAAGGUGUUUAAAAGGCUGCUGACCGCCAAUGAAAUCAAGCAAGAAGCAGCGCAAACGCCGCAGAACACCCAGUCUGGAGUGUGGCUCGGUCUAAACGACAUUUCAUCGGAGGGAAACUAUGUCUGGAGUAACCAUGGAAACGGACGCGCUGCGUCAUUCAACAACUGGUCUCCAGGGCAGCCAAGCUCGCUAGCUGGUGAUGAAGAUUGUGUUGUCAUGGUUACAGGGGAUGGAAUUUAUCAGAGUCAAUGGAAAGUCAAACGGUGUGACGACCAAAAUGAGUUUGUGUGUUGGAAAACAGUUUGAGCCAAAUACAGCUUGUGAGUGUAGUUGCAUUGGCAGAUGUAAUCACAGUUAAGCAGUCAUGGCAUCAUUGCUAGAGGCAAUGGAGGAAGUUGACGUUUCCAGAAGAAAUUCUACUGACAGUAGACGUUGAUAGCAAUCAAAUCAGCUCUCCCUUCGAGGCGCGAAAACUCGGCGAAAAGCACUAGAGCUAAACCCUUUGUCUCCUUCGCCAGACUUAAAAAGACUUCGCCAGAGUUACAAAUAACGGGCACAUAACUGUCCGAGAGAAAACUGAUUAGCCUUUUAUCCUCCCAAGUCUCUAAGCAGAACAAGUUAUAAUUAUUGGUCGGAAACAGAACAAACGGAAAGGUAACCAUACGCAAAUAAAGAGUAGACGUGACUCCCACAUCGUGGAAGAAAAGAAACGUCAUCUAGACUUCGCAAACUCAUUAAUAACUCAUCAAGUUUAAAGAAAGGAAAUCAUGAUCGUGGCGGUGUUUGGAUAUCCGACCUUAAUUAGCACAGAUUUCUGCGAUUUUGUUUCUACAUUUUCUCCUUAGUUUUAGUUUCGAUAGAGAAGAUAUAUAAAACACCCAUGACCGUGUAGACCACAUUUCCAAACACCUCGAAGCUCGUCAAAAAUACUCCGGUGCGCGUCUUAUUUUCAACUCUAUUCUCGGUUUUUGGAAAUGUGGUCAAACACGUUCUUUCGUGUUUCAUAUAUUACUAUCUAGUGAAAAAAGUCAUCAUAAAAUCACUUACGCUUGUGUGGAAGCAAACAUUUUAACAAGAGUAACGACACGAACAAUGUAUAACAGUGUAAAGUGGAAUGUUUAUUACUUAAAUGUUUUCAAGGUCACCCUAUGGAACAAUAGAUCGUAAAGUUAUACUUGACGCUUAUCACCCGAUAGUUUUGGUAAAUUCGGAGGAUCAUUUUUAACAUCAAGAGAAGUGCUAGUUUUGCAACAAUUUGGUGUAAUAAGGUAGUUGAAAGAUAUUUCUAAAUGAUUGGCUGAAUUCAUUGAUAUUUCAUGCAACAGAGAAAAAUGGGUGAUUUAGCGCGCUAAUUCCAGUAAAGAGCCUCUUUUUAAUGAGCGUUCCCCUUUGAGCACCGUUUUCUAAUAUGCAUGCCUGCUUCAAUAAGUGCCCCUCUGCGAAAGUGACAUUAUGUACUUUGCGUAAUGUUUAGCACCUAAGUCUUAUGACUAGACCUUUCGCUGAAUUUUCACUGAAUUUCACUGAAUUGCAUGCCUAACUUGUAUCUUUCUGGAAAUUUUCAAAAAUCUUCUAAAUAUAUCACAAAACUUUUUUCUAAAUAUCUCGAAAAUUUUUCUAAAUUUCUCCCAUUUUUGUUGUAAAAAUACACUGAUUUUUAAUCACGUAGAGCAACAUUUUCGGGAGUAGUAGGAGUUGAGCUCGAGGAAGACGAUUCAGGCACUUCGAUGUAACCAGCAUCCGCCAUUUUAAAAAAUUGCUACUUUAGCCCUGUCAGUGAUAUGAAAUACAUUUUUUGAGUAGAAAAUCACUGAACUGGAUUGUUUCUUGCAUAGAACAGAGGAUUGUAUCAAGAGAUAGCCAGGAAAUCACACGGCAAGCCAGAAAAAGCUAUGAAUAUUUUUAAAUAUCCCUGCAUUUUCUAAAUAUCUCGGAGAUUUUCAAAUAUCCCUAAAAUAUCCGGAUGUUUUUGGAAAGGUCUACGUAUGAUUAUGCCAAACCGUAAUGUUACAGUUCUUAAGCCACAGUUUUGUAUAAUAAUGAUAAUAAUAAUAAUAAUGAUGAUGAUGAUGAUGAUAAUGAUGAUAAUAAUAGCCAUUAAUAUGGCGCUUUUUCUAUAAAUGCUCAAAAGCGCUUUACAGUGUACGUAGUAAAAUAAAAUUAUAAAACCUACGACAAAAUUUACAAGUUCUGUUGUGUUCUACUGUUGUUCAUUAAAGUGCCAAAUCAAAUUCUGAUUUUCGGCACAUGUGCAUGCCAAUAAGAAGGAAAGGAAAGCCCCACCCCUAGUAAGAGCCCUCAGUUUAACUUAUUAGCACCCUCCUUGAGCUACUAAAAGUAAAUCGGCGCACCAGACGCUAGAUCGAGACAUUAUAAGCGAAUGAUAGAGAGUCAUUAAUAUAAAAGGCAAAGACUUUUGUUCAACAAUGACAAUCAGAAUUUCUUGAUAAUUCCUAUUUCCUAGCGAUUCUUACUUCUUAAUAUUAGAUUUAAUUUGCAGUCGAAUGAUAGUCACGUUGUACAGCAUAAUUAAUAGCGCAGAUACCAAGGGAAAGUAUUGCUCAAUAGCUUUCAUGUCAGAGGAUAAAGCACUAAGAUUUCACUACCUUUACAUGUACAGCAUAAUUGUUCAUUAUAAACAAUACCACAUAAAUUUAAUUUGAUUUAAUUUCAUUUCAUUUGAGUUGUCACAGUGUAAAUUAAUCAGCUACCGAGAUUUCUUUCAUAUAAUUACAAUGAGCGGAAAAUCCUUGUUCAGAUUUCAUCCUCUUCCCUUCACUGAUACUCUGGAGAUUGCAAUUUAUCUUACACCUAAAUAUAAAUAUACCCCGUUAUAGCUACUAGAAUGCUUUCUGUCCACACCACGCCGGAAAAGUUUGAAAACGCAAC